AUGAUCAACGACCACCGAGGCAGGGAGUACCUCGCCGCCCUGCGUGGCCUCCGCGCCGGCCGUUCCGCGCCGCGCACUCCGCCCGCGUGGGCACCCUUCCGUGACGGCGCCGCUUGCGCCGUGUGCUCGGCGCCCUUCGUCUGGGAGUCGACCUGCCGCUCGUCGGCGCAGGAGGUGUGUGCGCGCCACCACUGCCGCGCGUGCGGCCGCGUCGUCUGCGGCGCCUGCUCGGCGCACGAGGUGUGCCUGCCCGACUUUGGCAUCGUCGAGCCCGUGAGGGUGUGCGACGCGUGCGCGUGGACGCUCUGA